GCAGCAGUAUGGCUUCUAUUCCUCAUCUCUACAGCUAGGCGAUAUUAGCAGACCGAGAUUCUAUGCGUCUGUGCAGACGAUGCGAUUUCCUGGUACAGUCCUACCAGUCUGAACACAGCAUCACGAGUGUCGCGACUUCCCUGAUGGAGGCAGUCGGCACCUAAUAGCGGAACUCCAGCCCGCCCGCCAUCCUCCAUCUCUAGGAAAUCGCCACACUCGCUCCUCCCCAUAGGGAUUGAGGAAGUGCAGACAGAGCCCUGUGCAGACGGGAUGAGGUGCCGUGACCGGACCUACCGCUGACUGCGACACCGGGGGGAGACAGAUGGACAUUGCAAGCAAGACAACUUCUGGAUGAUCUGUGCCAACAAGGUGGUGAUCGAAGAUGUACUGGUGUGUGGGGGCAGAAGCAUGUGCUGGGAGUCGAGCUGGAAGCAUGGAUUCACACAAUGGCUCCACCACAGGUAUGGGAAACAAACAGUCCAUUCCCGGGGAGCUAGUGGUGAACCAGAGCCCAGUGAUAGCAGAGAUCCAAGCUGCGUACUCUGAAGGGGAGAGUGAUAAAGCCCAGGACCUGGUAAAAGCUGCCUGUGAGGAGAACCUUCCACGGCCUGAAAAGCUCCAGCUCCUGCGAAUAACAGCUGCUUAUGGCGAUGUGCCCUCCGUACGUUAUCUGCUACACGAGGCUAAAGUGAUUCUACCAACAGAACCUGGCGAUGAAAAUCCAGUUGUUAUGGCGGCUCAUUAUGGUCACGGAGAUGCUGUAACAUUGUUACUUGAUUCCUUACCAGAUACAUCCAGCCAUAAGCCUCUCCUGAACUGGCUUCUGGUCACCUGCUGCGAACAGGGUCAUCUCAGCCUAGUGAAACUCCUGAUUCUCACAUAUCACGCUGACCCUGAUUGUUAUGCAACAAGAAACAAUGAAUUCCCGGUUCUCCGCAAGUUGCCUCUCUAUGCCACCUGUAUGGCAGGACAUGAAGAUAUUGCAGAGUUCUUACUGCAGAACGGUGCUGGUUUCUGUUCGUACAUAUUGAUGGAUAACCCAGAGCUGACCCAAAAACUUCUCAGGAAAAGAAGCUAUGGUGACCCUUCAGUUCCCAAUGACCAGGAAACAUCGAGCAUCUGUGUGAAGUGGUCCAGCCUCCGCCUGCCUUGGGUAGAUCUCGAUUGGUUCAUAGACAUUUCCUGCCAGAUAAGAGAGCUGGACAUCUCUUCUAAUUGUUUGGCUUCCCUUCCAUCAGUCGUUCCUUGGGGACUUCUCAACUUACAAAAGUUGAAUUUAAGUGACAACCAGUUAUGUGAUCUACCCAGUGUCCAAAGCUCAGAGGAAAUCAUCUGCUCAAGAUUGGCUGAAAUUGAUGUUUCUAGUAACAAGUUGACAUGUCUGCCCCCUGGGUUCCUUCAUCUGAGUCGGCUUCAGAAACUCUGUGCAUCCAAAAAUUACUUGGUGAAUCUCUUUAAGGAAGAUGGAAUCAACUGGAUAGGUCUGCGGAGGUUACAAGAUCUAGAUGUGUCUGAUAACAGGCUCCCAGAGCUCCCCUCCGCUAUCCUGCAUUGCCUCAAGUCUUUAAGGAGUUUGAAUGUCUCUGGUAAUAAAGUUAAGAUCUUCCCAGAGCCUUGGGCCUGCCCACUGAAAUACUGUAAAGCUUCUAGGAAUUGUAUUGAAAACAUCCCAGAUAACCUGACUAUCUUUUGGAGGAAUCACCUGCUAGAAGUAGACUUCUCAGACAAUGCCCUGAGGGAUUUACCCAGAGACCUACUCCAAGUGGAGGCGUUACAGUGUUUGAAGCUAUCCGGCAACCAGUUAACGUCUCUCCCACCGCCUGACACCUGGACCUGCAAGCAUCUCAAGUGUCUGGAUUUAUCCAAGAAUCAGCUUGGAAGAAAUGAGGAGGGAAUGAAGACAAGGCGGGUUCCAUUUUUCUCUACCAAAUACAGAACACGAAUCGGGACUGAUUCAGGUUUCUCUGUGGAGUUUCCUUUAUGUCUGAAAGAUUCUUUAGAAGUUUUAUAUCUUAAUGAUAACCAACUAGAUGUCUUUCCGCAGUCAGUUUGCCAGCUGAAGAGUCUUACGGAGCUCUAUCUGGGGAAUAAUCCAGGAAUAAGAGAGCUUCCUCCUGAACUUGGCCAGCUUGCAUCUUUAUGGCAGCUAGACCUUGAAGACCUAAAUAUCACAAACCUACCUGCAGAGAUUAGAAAAGAGGGACCUGUGACCAUCUUGGCAUAUCUGCGUGCCCAGCUGAGGAAAGCAGAGAGGUGUCCACUUGUCAAGAUGAUCAUUGUUGGACCACCACGCCAAGGAAAAUCUACCCUUUUUGAGGUUCUACAAACUGGCAAAGUAUCCCAGCAGAUGCAGGGAGAAAGUACUAUUAGAACUACUAGAUGGGAGCUGCAGAAACCUGUCGGCACUAAGGCAAAGAUUGAUUCUGUGCACUUUCAUGUUUGGGACAUGGGAGGUUCUUCUCCAAUGUCAGCAGUAAACCAAUGCUUCUUCACCGACAAAGCCUUGUACAUUGUGGUGUGGAACCUGGCGCUGGGGGAGGAGGCUGUAUCUAAUCUUCAGUACUGGCUUUUAAAUAUUGAGGCCAAAGCACCAAAUGCUGUGGUUUUAGUAGUUGGAACACAUCUGGACUUCAUUGAAACCAAGUUCCGUUUAGAGAGAAUUGCCACCCUUCGCGCUUACGUUCUGGCUCUCUGUCGCUCCCCUUCUGGGUCUAGAGCCACAGGAUUCCCAGAUAUUACCAUCAAGCACUUGCAUGAACUUUCAUGCAAGACAUUGGAAGGCCUAGAAGGCUUACGGCAGCUCAUAUUCUAUGCUGCUUGCAAUAUGAAAGAUGUGGGGAGCACAAUUGGGUCGCAGAAACUAGUUGGAAGGCUGAUUCCCAAAAGCUACCUGAACCUGCAGGAAGCCAUAGUGAGAGAACAGCAAAUAAGAGUUCAUGAGGAUGAGGUACAAUAUCUGACAGAUGAGCAAAUAGAGCAGAUCAUAGAGCAGAGUCCUGGGAACGACAUCCGGGACUAUGAGGACAUGCAAGCAGCAAUUGGAUUUCUUAUAGAAACUGGCACCUUGCUUCACUUCCCAGACACCAGCCAUGGACUGCGGAACCUCUACUUUCUGGAUCCUGUCUGGCUCUCUGAAUGUCUGGAGAGGAUCAUCAACAUUAAAAGCUCAAAAUCUGUGGCAAGAAAUGGGGUCAUCAAAGCAGAGGACCUCCGGAUGCUGCUAGUUGGCACUGGUUUCACCAAGCAGACAGAAGAACAGUACUUUCAGUUCUUGGCAAAGUUUGAGAUUGCCCUUCCUGUGGCCAACAACAGCUACCUCUUACCUCACCUGCUGCCGACCAAGCCAGGCCUGGAUAUCCACUCUUUGCAGCAGUCUACAGGGAACACUGUUCAGAGGCUGUUCAAGAUGAGUUUUGUUCCUGUAGGAUUUUGGCAGAGAUUCAUUGCUCGGAUGUUAAUCAGUUUGUCUGAGAUGGAUCUUCAGCUGUUUGAGAACAAGAAAAAUACAAAGCCACGCAAUAGGAAGUCUGCAGUGUACAGCUUUACAGGCAACCAGCGAAACCGGUGUAGCACCUUCCGGGUAAAGAGGAACCAGACCAUCUACUGGCAAGAGGGGUUGAUGGUUACUUUUGAGGGUGGCUACUUGAGUGUGGAAUCAUCUGAUGUUAACUGGAAAAAGAAGAAGAGUGGAGGCAUAAAGAUCAUUUGCCAGUCAGAAGUCAGAGAUUUCUCAGCUAUGGCCUUCAUUACAGAUCAUGUCAACUCCCUGAUUGAUCAGUGGUUUCCAGCCCUGACAGCUACAGAAAGUGAUGGGACCCUUUUGAUGGAGCAGUAUGUCCCUUGCAACUCAUGUGCUGCUCUGUCACAUCAUCAGGAAGGGGAACAAGAUGGAAAAGAGCCUUACUACUUCAACAUGGAGGAUUGCGUACUGACUGCGGUAGACAAGGACUAUCUGCAAUGUCCCAAUCACCCCGAGGACCCCGCUCCCUUGCAAGAACUUGUCCCUGAGAUUUUUAUGACAGAUUUUCCUUCCAGGCUGUUUCUUGAUAUCGAAGACCUGGACUAUUCAGAAGAGAACACUAAUGUUCUGGGACAAGGAGGAAGUGGAACCAUUAUUUACAGAGCUGUGUACAAACACAAGCCUGUGGCAUUAAAGAUGUUCCAGAUUAAGAAGUAUCACACCUCCGCCGAUGUCAUCAAAGAUACAAUGUUCAAGCACUUACAGGCUAUGGACGCUAUGAGAAACUUCUCCGAAUUUCGUCAGGAAGCUAGCAUGCUUCACUCACUGCAGCACCCUUGCAUCGUGUCCCUGAUUGGCAUCAGCAUCCAUCCACUAUGCUUUGCUCUGGAGCUGGCACCACUGGGCAGCCUGAACACUGUCCUCACUGAAAACAGCCAAGGAUCCCCCUCGUUCAUGCCUUUAGGUCACAUGCUCACACAGAGAAUGGCCUAUCAGAUUGCAUCAGGCCUCUCAUACCUGCACAGGAAGAACGUUAUUUUCUGCGACCUUAAAUCUGACAACAUUCUUGUCUGGUCCCUGGAUGUCCGAGAAACUGUGAACAUAAAACUGUCAGACUAUGGUAUCUCCCGUUUUUCGUUCCAUGAAGGAGCCCUAGGUGUAGAGGGCACACCUGGAUACCAAGCACCUGAAAUCCGUCCUCGGGUUGUCUAUGAUGAGAAGGUGGACAUGUUCUCCUAUGGGAUGGUUCUCUAUGAGCUGCUUUCUGGUCAGCGACCAUCUUUAGGUCAGCAUCAGCUACAAAUCUCCAAAAAGUUGUCCAAAGGCAUCCGGCCUGUUUUGGGGCGUCCAGAGGAAGUGCAGUUCUCCAGGCUGCAGGAGCUGAUGAUGGAGUGUUGGGACACAAAACCAGAAAAGCGCCCUCUAGCCGCUUCAGUGGUCAGACGUAUGAAUGAUCCGAGUUUCUCCGUUUUCAAGUAUCAUAUCAUGUGUGGAAUGCAAGAGACUUUCUGUGCGUCAAGAGAGCAGGACAAUACCAUUGUGUUGUGGGCAGGAAGUGGACAAGACAGGAACUACACAGUUGUUGAUGUGGGGAAAGGUCAAAUGGAAGUGCGGGGGCUAAGCUGCCCUGGGCUGAGGAUGUGCACCCAACUAAAAGUGCAGAAUACUUUGUGGAUUUCUUCUGAGGACCAGAAAAUCUCAAUUUACAGUCUGCAGGGUAUGUGCCCACUAAGUGCCCCCCUGAAAGUAAUUGACACGCCAGCAAUUGUGACCUGCUUCCUGACAGUUUUUAAGGUAAAGAACUCCUCACUGGUAUUUGCCGGCCUGGCAGACAGCUUGAUUUCUGUAUUCCCAGUAACCAGCGGCAUUCCCGGCACAGAUUGCUCAUACAUCUGUUCUCGCACAGCCAACCGUGCCAUGUUCAAAAUAGGAGAUGAAGAUCCCAGACAGAAUCCAUACCCAGUAUUGGCCAUGGAGAUCUCCAACGGAGGAUCUGAGGUCUGGUACAGCAAUGGACCUGGUAUCCUAAUAGUGGAUUGCACAUCAUUGGAAAUUACUAAAAGACUUGAGCCUUACACUGCUCCAUCAUCUAUAAUCUCUAUGACAACCAUUUCGGACUGCAAUGGAGAGGAGACUGUUUGGUGCUUAGACAAUAGGACGAACACAUUAGUUAUGUAUCAUGCAGCUAGUUACCAGUUCUGUGCCCGAUACUUCUGUGGUGACUGCAGCCCUUUAAGAGACUUGUUUACAGUAAAGGCUAAUUCUGAGCUACCACCAAUCACCUUACCGGGGGAGAAUUGUAACAGUCAAUGCCAGACCAAUAUAAGUAUCAUCUACAGCCAGGACAGAGGGACUCAGCUCAUCAGCCACCAGGACUCUCUAACAGACUAUUGUUCUGUGUCCUCGUUCUCUUGUUCUUCUGUUCCUCAAGGGACAGCAAAAUCUUCCUCCAGCCUGCCCAGUACACCAGUCAGUUACAGUAGUGUCCUUUUCUCCACUGACAGUGAAGACCCUGAGUUGUCCCGGGAACAAAGGCCCAGAAUUCCUAGUGAGAGCUGGGGAAGUAAGGCCCCGCCAUCUGAGGAGGAGAAAUUGCGCUUGCAGGCAGUGCGGAUAAUCGCUGUUAAGGAUUUACUUUGGAUUCCAAGACGUGGAGGUGACAUUAUCAUCAUAGGACUAGAGAAGGAAUGUGGUGGACAGAGAGGCCGAGUCAUUGCGGUAUUACAGUCUGAAGAGCUGGCAAAAGACGGGGCCUGUGUGGAGGCCGCGGCUGUGUCCAAAGAUUCAAUAGUAUGUUGCAUGCAGAGCGAAGCACUGGGCUGGUUCCUGUCUGUCUGGAGGGGAUGGGGGGCCGCAGAGUUUGAGAUUUUCUAUCAUUCAGCUGAUGAACUGAGGCGACUGGAGACCUGCAUGAGAAAGAGGAGGUAGCGUAACAAACAGAAUGCAACAUGCGCCCACAAGCUCUGAACCUACCGCAGCUUCAUUGUCAUCUUUAUCAGCUGACCCUCUAUGAAGCCAGUGUGGUAUGGAGAAAUGAAGUGCAGUAAGGAUACGUGCUGCCGAUGUAGCGCAGGAGAGCUGAAGUUCAAAGGGAUUUGUCACCUAGAAGGACCUUUUCUCUGUUGGUCUGGGACCGCAGAAAGCAUCCAAAGAUUUCAUAAUCUCAACCAUUUUUAGUGCUAACACUAAAGUGAAGAGUAUCCAAAUGUGGACAGGGAGCAUUUGUAUCUCAGGUAUAUCCGAAGCCCCCGAAUAUUAUUCGCUGACUUUAGUACCAUUCAUUUCCAAACUCCUAUAGCUGGAUUCCAUUACUUCAAUAGCCUUUACUAAUGCUGCCUUGUAGACUUUAAAGGAGAACUCCAGUCAAAUGAAAUGACCUUUAUAUAGCUGCACAUCUCCAAUUGGCUGGAGGGCAACACACCCCCCUACUGCUCACUCUCACAACAGCUCCUGCCCAAUGUGAGGAGAUUUUUCCUGACACAGCAGAUUUUCCAAGGUCUGAUUUUGAAACAAAUUAGCUGGGAUGCCUUGUAGAGUCAUGGUGAGCCUAUAUAUCUUAUUUAAGUUGUUUUUUUUACCACUUUUGGCUGGAUAUCUCCAGGAAGGCCGGGUUCAUACUAUGGAAUUUCCGAACAGAAUUCCAUUUGGAAAUUCUGCUUUUAAAAUUCCGAUGCAGCAGAGUCCCGUUGCUGGCAGUGGGAUUCCGCUGCACAGUGCACACUCCAGUGUUUUUGAGGCAGACGUUCCGCCCGGAAAAUCUACACGAAAAAUUCUGUCAGAACAUUGAACUUGUUCCGCUACCGGAUUUACACUCCACAGACCUUGCCGUCUAUGGGGACAACAAUAUCUUUCUGGUCCUAGCUGACCACGCUUGAAAGCUCCGGAAGGAAAACUUUUGAAGUGUCAACCCAGCCUUAAGAAAAUAAUUUAUUCUUUGCACUAGCUGAGCUGGAUUGCAAAUCAUUACAUCAGAGAUACUGGUAUUGCUAUAUGUUCAUGUAUACUUUUUAUAUCGAACCUCACUGCCUGUUAGGUGCUUACAUUGUGCAAUAUUAUCAGCAUGUCCCCAAGGACGUCAGCAGCUCUCACACCCUCCUCAAGAAGACUGAGAAGAAUGCUUGCUCCCAGUGGCAGUAGUGUUGUAGCUUCAGCGAAGAGUUCAGCGGGUUCCCAGAUUACGCAAUGUGUUGGUGUGUCCAGCUGUUUCUUCUAGUUUUCUCUUGUCAUGUGGUAGACUGUAACACUUGGACUGACUGCCACGUUUUGUGCACUAAAUUUCUGGCUGCAGAGGAAUGACAGCAGUGUGUACAUUAUUCCCUGGAGCCUCACUGCCACCCGUCUCAAGAUCCACCGUUGUUUCUUUUAAGAACAGGAUGUUUUGUAAUUGUAUAAUAACGUUUUGUACAAAUAUUAAUGUAUAUUAAAAACUGAAA